AUGGCGCCUCGUGAUUUCUUGAUUAACACGCGGGGGAUGAGGUAUACGGGAGAGGCUCUAGCGGCGCUGAAAGGCAGCGGAGUUGACGAGAACCUUCGGGCUCAUGAUCAAGGCAAAGAUGAUGUAGAGUAUGGCUCUAAUGAGCUUCCGUCUACUUCACGGCCGUGGGGCAAGAGCACCGUCAAGUCUCGUCCACCGGCAGCUCCAGCAGGGCGGCACAUUGGGCAUUACGCAAUGACAACAAGCGUCGCUCAAUGGGUAAAGAAUGUCAUGGCCAGACACGAGCCAACUCAACGGACUUUGGACUUUGUGCAGUCGUUCUCAGCCGAUUUUCAUGACCUUGCUGAGAAGGAGAGAGAAUUAAGCACCGGGUUGCAUGACAUUGACGCAAUCGAAUUCACAUACCAGCAUACAUUGGAGGCCUGCGCUGCCAUGCUUCUGGCUGCCAAUGACACCGACCAGCCAAGUGACCUUAUACCCCAGUAUCAUGCAUCGCAGGCUGGCGGAGACGAUCAUUUCAAGCCAUGGGGCAGGCUGCUUACCGGUCUCGAAUGUGACCCGCCCAUUAUCGUCCAGUUUCCCUUUUACCUUUUAAUGUGCAAUUCAUUCACCCUCGAGCCACACGCUCAUAGAGAAGAUUAUGUAUACGCGACGUUGACAGGUGUUGACUGGGCAAGAGGGCAGGGAAAGUUCAAUAAACGCUUCGCUGCUUUCGAAGCCAUGGCUCGCGCCGCAGUCCCAACCCUUGAUGACGCCAAGGCAGGUCUGGAUCGUUGCUUCUGGCGCCUCAGUCUUGGCUAUCUGCGUGCAAUGAAUGAAUGUGAAAACUCGAUUCCUCUCAAAGCCCCCAGGAAGUCACACAUAGAUCACGGGCUCGACCCCGACAUGGCCAUCGCAGCCCGCGGUUUUGAUACCAUCGGCUCCGCCUACAUGUGUCGAGACGGCGCCGCGUUCCUCGACAACCAGGGAAUCGACUCGCUGGUUGGGUCUGCCGUCCCAAACGAUGUGAUGGACCUCCACAUCGACAUCUACACUGGCGAGACCCGCAACCUGCUUCGGCUGCUGUAUCCCUCUGAUGUCGGGAUUGAGCGGGCCAUCCAGACAAUGUCCACCGUUCUGUCCAGCAUGCUAUGUGAGACUAUCCGAGGUCAUCACCGAGCACGUAUGCACAACCGCGAGGAUGCCCGCAUCUCUUCGACGUCGCCUCCGUACAGCUUUGCACGGGCUCGACACAGGCGCAUCUUUGAAGUUCUCGAGUUGUACAUUACUAAAUACCCGCAGUUCUGGGAGUGGACUUGGAAACUCUUUCGCGCGGCCAAGGCACAAAUCACUGCUGCUGGACUUGCAGAGCCGCUCGUCAGCGGACUUAGACGAGCCGGCUCCGAGGACGAGCUGCCAGCAUCUCCUGGAAACAAUUUCCUCAACAACUACUACGACAUGGUAGAGGAUGGCUCUACCCAGCUGGCCAAGCAGAAGCCCCUUGGUGUGUCCGAGGAUGUCGCGCCCGUCGUACGUGCGAUCCAUAGCCUGUGGCAUGAGCAGCUGCUCGACGGCACCAAGAAGCCCGGGUGGGGUUUCGAGUUCGAUGCCAAAUCCGACGACCUGCUAGGGAAGGCAGGCGAGAUUCUGGAGACUAGAGGGGGCGUUUGUGACGACACUUAUAGGUUCACCAUUGCCUUUGGAAGAAUGAGCAUGGGCCUGCCCUAUAUAGCGUACCAUACUGUUGAUGCCAUCAUCAUGGCAUUUGGGGCUCUAUCCCCGUUGGAGGAGUAA